GUCUCACGCGCCAUUUAUUUCAGAUUUUCUUGAAAGCUUUUCGUCCCCCGAUCGUUUCUCCAAAUCGCUCUCGGACUUUUGAAGAUUCCAACGCCGCAGCGCGAGACACGAAUUUCUAAAUCUCUAAGGUCGAGAUUAAUUGAGUGUUCCUAGCAUUCUCAUGUUCUCGACACGAAUGUUUGUCGCGAAAGAAAUUUCUUGACCCUCUCGUCGAAAAAUUAGUCCCUCGAUCGCGACAGAUCCGAGAUUAAGCGCAUCAAAUGAUGCCGGACAACGCGCCAAUCGUACGCGGAAGAGAGGAAGAGAAGUGAUCCAGAGAUCGGAUCUACCAAGGAUACAGUGCAGUGAAAUUGAAAUAGAGUGAGAGGGCACGAUCUCUUCCUGGGAUAGGCUACGUCGUCAUCGUCGGCAAGAUUCUGUCUCCCAGGUACCGGGCGAGUCCUGGGGUGGCGACAGAGGCACCUGCAGGUGCCCGUAGCCCGAAGGAACCACCUGCGUCUACCGUGAUGACGGUCCAUCAUCAGCAGAACCACCACGUGGCCGCUCUCAGUGGCGUCACCGUGGCCAAUAACGGUUUGAAUCUUAGCAGGAUGUCCGGCCUGGAGGCGCAUCGGCUGGAGAACAUUGUCGAUCGAAACGGCGUGGCGGUGGAACGUCUUUCCAACGGGCUGGACUCGCGGAACAACAAUUUGAACAAUAACAACGGCUUGGAGAGGGGCGAUGCCUCGACGACGAUGCCGCAGAGGUCGAGGUUCAUGAUCACCGAUAUUCUAGGCGGCGCAUCCAGCAAGAUGCACCAAUCCGGACUACCUAGCCAGGAACCACCCGGAAGUCCACCCUCGACGCCGCGGGACCUCAGUGUCAGGCAUCAGUCCAGAACGUCCUUGAGCAACAGUAAUCUAGACGAGGACAGCGACGCCAGCCACCACGACGGCGCUUCCGUUACGUCCAAUGGUGGCAAAGAGGAUGAUCCUAAAAGCUCGUCCUCGAGUUCCUUGGGCUCCGCUCAGAGUAAGAAGCAACGUAAGGCGCGCACGGCUUUCACGGAUCACCAGCUUCAGACCCUCGAGAAGAGCUUCGAGCGGCAAAAGUACCUCAGCGUGCAGGACAGGAUGGAGCUGGCGGCGAAACUGCAGCUGACGGACACGCAAGUGAAAACGUGGUACCAAAACAGAAGAACGAAAUGGAAGCGACAAACGAUCGUGGGUUUCGAGAUCAUGGCCGAAAACAAUUUCGCCGUUGCCGCCUUCCAGCAUCUGUACAGCGGCAGCACCGCGACUAUCCCCGCGCAUCCCGCGGGACGCUAUUGGCAGUAUCCCAGCGCGCACGCGUUACCCGCGAACGGAUUCUUCUAUCAGCCAUCAUCGGCGGCGGCGACUCUACAGAAACCGCUUCCCUAUCGCCUGUAUCCGCCCAUGAUUCUGGCGGGGCCGAGCAAUCCCCUUGGCUCCUUGACUGCGAGCUCCAGUCUGUCGACCCUCAGCAACUACUACAGGGACAGCCCGGAGAUGACCGACAAUCGGGAAUCGUCGAGGAAAAGGGACAGAAGCAAGAGUCCGGAAUCGAGAGACAGGUCGCCAACCAGAAAACAAGCGAGAUUGUAUCCGUUGCAAAUGAUGCAGGCAGGCCCUAGCAAUCCUCUUGGCACCCUGACGACCUCCAAUCUCUCAAACAUGAAUAACUACUACAGAGGCAGCCCGGAAUUGAUGGAGGGAAGGGAGAGUAUGGACAGGUCGAGGAAGCAAGAGAGGAGCAGCAAGAGCCCGGACUCCAGGGACAGAUCACCCCUGAGGAAGGACGUCAGGUCUUAUCCCACGACAAUGAUCCAGGCGGGUCCCAGCAAUCCUCUCGGACCCCUUGCGACUGGUUCCAACUUACCGAACCUGAACAACUAUUACAGAGACAGUCCGGAGAUAGUGGACGGACGGGAAGGCAUGAACCGAACGCGACAACGUGACAGGAGUCUGAGUCGGGACAGAUCACCUGUGCAGAGGGAGGAUAGUCCUCGAAGUGUAAGGGCUGACAGCGACGAUGAGAGUAUACACGAUAUCUAGGACAUGGAGAUUCCUGGUACCGACGGUGGUACGUCGGGAGUGUUGCACGAGGAAGAAGACAAGUAUGUCCUGCAGGAUUAGAAAAUGAAAUGAAGUGAUUUCCUUACGACGACCACUUUCGUCGAUCACUUUGGAAUAAAUGGACGAAACGGCGAACGAAGGAGUCGAUUAAGAGAAUAGCGGAACCGUCGAGGGAAACGUGAGCCUUUUGAAAAUGCUCUUGUAUUAAUCGGGCAGCUACUGAAACGUACGGGCAAGCUUGAAAGUACUGACCGAUGCGAUACCUCGUAACGAGAAGCUGAUACGGAUAAUUAAAAUCAAAUUCACUUAGCUAGCAUUGAUCAGUCAAUUCCGAACGAGAUAACGAAGUCGCUCAAAUUUCAGCAGCUAUUGCAUUAACAGUUCAUAAAUAAACGAAUCAAUUCUCCGACAUGGAGAAUUAAAUGGGAGAUUAAUAACAUUUAUAUAAUCCUGAAAAGGAUAAGGUGUAUAUAUAUAUCCCUGAGAACUUUGAUCGCCACGCAGCUAUUACGGAUACAAACGAAGAAGCGAGUGCAGCCGAUAACGAGACUACAGGUCAAAGAACUGUAUAUCGAGAAGUGCAAAGACAUCGAGGAGGGACUACGGAAAGACAGUUUCUCUCGCGUCGCGAUUAUUUUAAAAUCUGGAGAAAGCGGAGUGAAGAGGGAUUCGCGAAGUUUGAAACGAAGUCGACGAAAUGAAAUGCGGACGGAACGGCACGGCGGCCGAUUUCGUGAGGUAGAACAGGAAGUGACAUAGCACGGGACGUCCGGGAUUUUGUAGAUAAUGAGAGCGAACAGGAAAUAUCGUGCGGUUAACCGAACUUCGUGAUUUGAGCGUUCAGUGAAUGGCGGGUUACGGUGAAACAAUAUAUUCAACGUUGAUACGAUCGGUUUACACACGUAGAGAGCGGACGAAAGUAAAAAUCCCGUGGCUCACCGAAACAUUAUCCCUCUGACAAAUGGAGACUCAUUAUCACUCGUUCAUUGUCCAUUCAUUAUUUCAUUUUCCACUCCUUCGCACGGAGCGUGCGGUUGGUCCGUCGUUUGAAAGGUACUUGUUUUCCAAUAUUUUUACAAUUUGCGGAGUACAAUUAUUUGCGAGUUUUAUUUUGCUGACAAUUAUCGGUAAUUACACUGCGAUAAUUAUUUAAUUUGAAUAUACACGUACGCAUCGAUUCAUUUUAUUGCGAAUUUUAUUGGCCUCUUUAAUAUUUUUAAUUAAAUUGUAUCUCAACUGCGCGACAUAAUAAUGUGCGCGUUUUUUUUUUUUUUUUUUAAUAUAUCGAUCGGAUGGUUUCCUUGCGGAACGUGACGUGAGAGUUUGUGCAAACGAAUAAUAUUACAACGACAAGUAACUAUUUCGCUGUGCCAAAAGUUUGUACUCGAUUCUUUUAAUCUUAUUAAUUAAUUUUAAAUAAAAUUCUAUACAUUUUCGCCACUGAUGGCGAGAGUGAAGGAACUCGCUCGUCUGCAAAGAAACCAAUCGAGUAUUCACGUGACCGCGGCGAAACUUGGCUUUCAAAAUUUAUCACAUGCAUUCAGUUGAUCGCAGCGCGGACUGACGCGAUCCGUUCGUAGCGACGGCACGGGCAACAACUACGCCGAUUAGAGAACCCGGCUCGAUUGGACGGUUUCGUGUGUCGAGGACGGUUACAGUCGCGCCAGGAAAUGGGCCAAUCGCGGGCGAACGCGAAUGUACAAUUAAUAUGACAUUAGAGGGGACUUUUGGCCGCGGGGGAAGAAAUCUAAAAUGACACGAAAUUACACGCGGUGGCCACGAGCGACAAAAAAGGACCAUGCAGGAGGGGGCGGACUCACGUCGGGGCAUCGAACGCGUAGUGGUGGACGGCGAGUGGGGCCCCCGACUAUUCAAAUAACUGGCGUUCUCGUGUCGGCGAAGUGAAACCGGCAUUUUGCCCCUCGUUCUUCCCCGGGAAGACGAACGAAUCGGCCGGCUUAAUUAAAUAUCGACGAGAUCUAAGCGACGGCGACGACCCCGAAAAUUGCACGACACUGGCUAAACCGGUGAUCUGAGAACGGGGGCGGACUCGCAUAUUUUCUUUUUUUCCCUCCCGGAAAGAAAAAAAGAUCGAUAGCUCGUUCGUUGUAAAUUAAAUACGAACUACGUGUGAAGCGAACAAUGUAGAGAAUCUAUCUCGUGAUACCAUCGGUAUGAGUCGUUGUCGUUAAGUCCUUGUUGUCGUUAAACGACACGGUGAUACGCGAUUCACACGAUAAACGACGAUGACGAGGCGACGUUUGCGUCAAAUGCGGAACAUGAUUGCACGUUCCCUCGCGAAACAAUUACGCGAAACGUUUCCAUUCUCUUAAGGCCGAAUCUUGCGCUGAGAAAAUUACCGACAUAUUCUAGAAACUACGAUGUGACUGGACACGAACCGACAUGAACGGAUUACACGUUAACGAGCGGAGAGCUCACCGUCUGAGACGCAAGCUACCCAAUUAGAUGACAAUUCUCGCGUCGAUCAACAAGUUAAAUCCGAUUGUUCUAAGAGGUCGGGAAAAACGGAAAAGCUAAAUAUUUCUUGUAAAACUUUAGUUUUCUACCGAUCGAACGUUCUUCGUCCGCGGAAUUGUCGCGUAGCAGCGAGCCGCCGCCGGUUCGUUCGACACGAGCGAUUUUCCAAUUUCGGUCUCGUAAAAUGAGCUGUACGACACAUCCAUCUUGUAAAUAUAAACGGAUGUACCACGUUCGCGCUUAGAUGAAGAUGCGAAAGCUGUAAAUAUACGGGGGAGAAAUAGGACACGGGCUUCUACGGGGCGAAGACACGCGAGGAGAGAACGAGUCCGUAGGACUUAAGCCAACGUACGAGAUACGAGAUAUUUCAAAGUAUUUUUCAGAUUUCAGUAUACGUAGAGCGGAACGCGAGGCGCGUUCUCGAGAGAUCGAGCGUCGCACGCGCGACUUUUCUUCAUCUUCUCUUUUUUUUGUUUUUCCCCCCCGCCGACGAGAGCGCGACGUUUCGAUAUUUCGACGACACGACACGCGGCGCGUUCGAUAAGGACAUACCAGUAUUAUGAAUGUAUAAAAUUAGGCUGUACAACGUGCGAGAAGGGUCUCCCGUGCGGAAACGCAGAUGCGUCGGACGUCGACCCGCACGGCGCGCGUUUAGUAGUUAAGCAACGCAGCAAGAAGUACUUAGAGUAUAUGAAAAUCAUGCUUUGUAAAAUAAUGUCUGUAUAGCGAGAAUUAUUAUAUUAUAUGGAAAAUAUAUUAUACUGAAUUUAAAA